GGCUUGUGUACACGCAGCCUCAGAGCCUCUGAAAUCAACACUGUGCAUGAACUGUUCAGCAUCGUAGUAAAUUUUCAUAGUUUUUCAAAACCUCACAUUUUCAAAUGCAUCUUUUCAUCACCACCACCUCCAAUGCUUCCCUCUCUCCUCCUCCUCCUUCUCUCCGCCAUUGUACACGGCAGCGCCACCGACCCACCACAGCUGGAUUUGAGAUCAAAGCCUCUAAUUCUCGUGAAGAUCUGGUGUCUAGUAAUUGUGUUCAUCGUUUCGUUUCUUGCUGGGGUUUCACCGUACUUGAUGAAAUGGAACGAGGGUUUCAUUCUGCUGGGGACGCAGUUCGCCGGCGGGGUUUUCUUGGGUGCUGCUCUGAUGGAUUUUCUGAGCGAUUCCGGUGAAGUUUUUGGGAAAUUGAGUUCGAAAAACUAUCCUUUCGCCUUCAUGUUGGCCUGUUUUGGGUAUAUGCUGGCUAUGUUAGCUGAUUGUAUCAUGCUCUAUAUUUAUCGGAAGAGAGAGAGUACGGAAUACGGUGGUGGUUCUGCAGUUCAAGGGCGUUUGCAUCAGAGAAAAACUAGCAGUGGUGUUGGGACCUCCCGAUCACAGAUUCAAGUUGUUGAUAGUGGAAUACAUGACUAUAUGGACCCAUUGUUCUUCAGUGCUAUUUCCUUUGGAGACAGUGUUAUGUUGAUUAUAGUGCUCUGUUUCCAUUCCAUAUUUGAAGGCAUUGCAAUAGGAACCAUGGAAACGAAAAGAAGGGCAUGGAGAGCCCUUUGGAUUGUUAGCCUACACAAGGUGUUUGCUGCCAUUGCCUUGGGAAUAGCAAUUCUUCGAGUGAUCCCUGAUCGUCCCCUUUUGUCGUGUGUUGCAUAUGCUUUUGUCUUCGCCAUCUCUAGUCCUAUUGGUGUUGCCAUAGGGAUUGUGAUGGAUGCAACUACACAGGGCAUCGUGGCAGAUUGGAUCUAUGCCAUCUCUAUGGCCCUUUCAUGUGGGGUUUUUGUCUAUAUCUCCAGUCACCAUUUAAUCUUCAAGGGUUACAAACCACAGAGAAUGCUUUCAGUGGACACACCUCAUCACAAGUUUUUGGCAGUGCUUUUGGGGAUUGGGGUUAUUGCUAUUGUGCUGAUUUGGAACACAUGAAAUGAUGCUUAUGUAGAUGCUAGCUUCACGCUUUUCCAUAUUCUUGGUUCUGAAAGGCAUUUGAGUGAACCAAGAGGCUUGAGUAAACCAGAUAAGAUUCACCAUGGUAGGCAGUAAAGCGGAAUAUAAUUGAACGAGGGUAAUCGAGUUCAAACUUAUUUACACACUGCUUUGGCAGUAUCAAAGUCUGGUAAAUCUAACUUUAGUUCUGUUGCUUAUGUAAAUAUAUCUUUGGCUCCAUAACUUAUUUCCACGCUGCUCUCCUGCUGAUCACUGGCGGUGGGAUUACCAAACCUCAUAAUCUUUUGAUAGAUUUUUAUUUUGUGCAUCAGUUUUUUGCUG